AUGGCCCCCUCAGCUACUGAGACUAUCCAAGCUUCUGCGCCUGUUGAAGAUAUCACCAAGUUGACUGGCGACGAGCGUGCCGCUGCCCUUAAGGCCAACAGCAAGGAUCGUCCUCUCGACGUCUUUACCUAUGGUGGCCACCCCAUCUCGGGACACCAGAGGGAACCUAUCCACCAAAUCCGCAUCCCCAAGUUGGCAACCCUUGAAGACGAGAGGGAGUGGCGGAAACUUCACCACGCCGCGGCUCUCCGUUGGCUGGGUCUAAACGGCUACAACAACGAGGGUGCGGGUGGUCACGUCACCGUCAGAGACCCUAUCCUUACGGACCACUUUUGGAUCAACCCACAUGGCGUCUCUUUCUCUCACAUGAAGCCUGAGGAUCUCUGCCUCGUAAAUGAAGAGGGCGAGGUUGUCAGGCCGGGCAACAUGCACGCCAUCAACCCGGCCGGCUUUUCCAUCCAUGUCGCGGUACACAAAGCUCGUCCAGAUGUGAUUGCAGCAUGCCAUUGCCACUCCGUCCCGACCAAGGCUUUCUCGGCGCUUGGUUGCAAGCUUGAGCCCAUUAACCAGGACGCUUGCCGCUUCUACGAAGACCACGCCAUCUACGUACAUAGACUAACCCUGGUCCCUGGCGUUGCCUCCCGGAUCAACCAAAAGCUUCAUCUUCAGACAGGCUUUCAAUGA